CGAACGUAAGGAAAAUCUCCAACAUUCUAGAAACAAAAAUUUGUGAAGAGCAGUGCAGCAGAGCGCGAACGUGCAUUUAAAACAUAUUCCCUAGUUCAAUGGUGUUUUAAGGAGCAACGAAAGAUGAUAGAUGAUGCGGAAAUCGAACGUUGCCCAUCGGUGGCAACCGUCUCGGUGCCGGACGGCCUCCAGGUCAAAUCGAACGCAAUCGUGCGGUUCCUGAACGUACAGAGCACGGUUCCGUUCGCAAGGCUCAAGUGCAACACGAACCUCAACAUGCCACCCUCGAACUGGCUCAGCAAUUCGGCCAACUCGUACGGUUUGGGCCAGUUCCUCUCCCAUCAAGCCGGUUUCAGCAGCUUCCGCAUGGCGAACAUGUUUCCGGAUUGUGUCGGCGGAGUGGACGUUGUGUCGGAUGCGGAAAACAUCAAGCGACUGUUGAAGCUGCCGUACUCGAGCAAAAGCGUCAUCUCGAUGAUCGUGCACCGGAUCGAGAACACGCUGCUGAUCGACGAGUUCGAUGUGGCCAAGUAUCUGCUGCAGCAGGAAGAGAGCGAGUGGCAAUGGUUACGCUCGUUCAUCGUGGAAAACAUCAUCAAGAGCUUGAGCGACACGGAGCGGAAGCUGUUGCUGCAUCCGAAAUCGCGCGAAGCCUUCCAUCAGAAGUACCUCACGUCAAAGUUCCUCUACCACAGUCUUCAGGAGGGCGGUGAAGCGGGAACGGGAGCUGAACCGAUCGUGGCACCGAACGAUUGCGCACCGUACAAGGCACUGCCACUGGCCGGGCCGGUACUGCCCGAGCCGACCCGCGAUGAACACUUUCCGGAUGCGCAGCAAACGAAUCACGUGUUCAAUCGAAAUGUAAUCUGGACAUUCGAAGACAUUCGCAUGCUGAUCGGUACCGAUAUGCCGAUCUUUGGUGGAGCGAAUCGACCCUGCAUCAGUUUGCGAUUGCGCGAUGAAUCGAAACCGAUCAAUGUGCUCACCGGGAUCGACUAUUGGUUGGACAACCUGAUGUGCAACGUGCCGGAGGUGGUGAUGUGCUACCAUCUCGAUGGGAUCGUGCAGCGCUAUGAGCUGAUCAAAACGGAGGAUCUACCGCGGUUGGAAAAUUCGGAAUUCUCUCCUCAGCUGAUACGCAACGUGGCCCAGAACAUUCUCGCCUUCCUGAAGGCCAACGUUACGAAGGCGGGACAUACGUACUGGUUGUUUAAGGCACGGAACGACGACGUGGUGAAGCUGUACGAUCUAACAACCCUCUGCAAGGGGCACGAAGCCGCCACCGAGGAUGACGGUGGUGAUGGUGAUGGUGCGCCGAAUGGAUUGGCCGGAAUGAUGUCAGCGGAAUCGGGAAGCGGAAGGCCAGCUUCGGAUGAAGAACGGCGACGGCGAUCGGCUACAGGCGCUGCGGAUGGGGCAGCUGAUGGUUCUUCGAAUCGACCCGGACAGAAUCCGUUCACCGUGCCGGUAGCAAUGCUACUGUACACCGUGGCUCGUAACAUGAAAAAUUCCGUCACCGGUGGUGGCAGCUUGCCCGCUUCCAAGGCAGGCGCCAUCCGUACCCUGCUCAACAAUUGCAUCAAACUGCUGCCGAAAGAGAAAUAUCCACAAAUCGUUACCUCAUCGCAUUACAUUCUCUCCGAUCUGCACAUCCCGGCCGACACCGAUCCUGGAUCACCCAAGUUCAACUCGACUGUGGCCGAGGAAGAUGACGACGAUACGGCCUUUCUGUUCGGAGAACGAAACACCACACCAUCACCGUCGGAGAAUGGGCUGGACGAUCCACUCGAUAGCGAAGAGCGACAUCGGCCGGAAGCACAGCUUUCAGAUGAAUCCACACCGUCCGGUAGUGCUGGUGGUGGCAAGUUGGAGGCCGCUAUCAAGAGCAUAAAGGACACGCUAAAGGAAUACAAGGGUGAUGCGGAGGGGCUUGGAAAGCACAACUCACGGCCAGCACCCCUACUCUGCAAUACCGCGGAACGAUGCCAAAUUGCGCUGCAACACAUCGUCGCAGGACUGCAGUGUCUGCAGUACUUCGACAGCUACGAGGAGCAGAAGCAGCGCGAGAAGGAAAAGGAAGCCGAACGGCGUCGUAUCAUUCACGAGGAAACGCAUCAAAAUAUGGCCGAACCGGAAUGUGCCAUACCGCUGCCAUACGAACCGCUGAGCACUGGGCGCGAGUCAUCACUGGAUCCCGAGUCCCCUAUUCCGAUGGGUUGGAAGGAACGAUCGAACGGUGAGGGUGUAGAAUCGGCCACCGAAGCACCCACUUGCGCAGAGGUGGAACCGGAUGAAAAGAUAUCCCCUGGCAAGGUUCGGAAACGUUCAAAACGGAAGCAACAACCAGCGGAACGGCAAAAGAAGCCGCCGAAAGCAAGCGCUCAGCAAUCGCAGGCUGGCGAAGAGGACCCCAGGGCAUUACUGUUGAAGGGUGAGAUCGGUGUAAUUAAGUCGUGGAACGUGCAUUUGAAGAUCCUCUUAUUCGAGAAGGCGUGCCUGGUGUACGCGACAAUGGCCGAGCAGGAGUACGCGCAGCAAAACUAUGGAACUACGUUACGCCACCUCUAUUCGGCGAUACGGUGCCAACAAGUAGUGACCAAGUACAUCUCGUUCGUUUCGUCACAGCGUGGACUGCUGUUGGGGCGAGCCGGUGAUUGUUUCUUUCAGUUGGCCAAACAGUGGGACAACAUUGGGCGCUAUAUGGAGCAGUAUGGGGACGAGCAACGGGUCGAUCAGUUGAUCAUGGAAGAGCUGGUGAAGGAUAUCGGGGUCGAGGUAGAAAACACGUUACCUAAACCGACCGAAAACGUGGAGCAGCUGAUGAUCACGAGCUGUGGUUGCUACGAAACGGCAAUCACCUGCGCAACGAGCAAGGAUGCACAGGACGAGCUGAAGCGCCGAUUGGGUAGCGUGCGGAAUGAGCUGGGUGUCAAGUAUAUGCACUGGGCACAGGAAGAGUACCAGCGGUACUGGGAGGCACACGCUGGUGAACAGCCGGAGGAGCAGAUCGGCCAUUCGGCUGAGACCAAGGAUGGUGAUCUGAAGGUGGAACCAUUGUAUCAACUGUUGGCCAAGAAAUCGUUCGAUUCCCUGCAGAAAGGUGUAACGCUGUUUGAGGCGGUGGCCGAUACGACCAAUUUGGCCUUUUUGCUCUGCAACAUGGGACGGUUUAUGCGAUUCCGGGCGCACAUCCAUCUGGUAGGAGAAAGACCAAACAAUGUGAAUUUGCAGAAGAAGUUCUACCAUGAAGCGUUUGGUUACUAUCAGCGCGCCCUGGGGACGCUUGGGACGCGCAAGGAAAACCCGGAACUGUGGUCACUGGUAAGCUGGGAGCUCUCGACUGCCACCUUUAACCUCGCCAAACAGCUACAGGACCACAGUGAGAUCAACCCUCCGGGGAAGAGCGUACAGUCGGCGGAAGAGAUCGAACAGGAGGUAGUGGAAAUGCUACAGCGAGCGCUGAAGCUCUGCGACCAGGACAACAGUGGCCCCAAACAGGUGCUGUACUCCUUCCGGGCCGCACUCAUACAUCACCGGAUUGCUUCCUACUACCACAUGUCCUAUCGCAAAACGGUGGAUGAGCAACGGCGCAAAACCGUCCUCCAGCUCACGAAGCUACACUACGAGAAGGCCGCCAAAGCGUUCGAAAGCCUCGCCGAACCGCAAGAGUUUCUGCAAAUCCAAAUGGAGCGCAUCGCGCUCCAGGAGUACCUGUGCGAACAGUCGCCGACCACGGCGUCCAAAUCGCGCCACCUACUAGUCGCGCUCGAGCUCUGUAAGCAAGCGCUACCACCGAUCGAACAGCUGGCCAGCAAUAAAGCACAAGUGGCCGAUAUGCCGUCCAGCGCUUCCGACCUGGCUGGACUCGAGGAGCUGUACAAGCUGCUGGAUCUGUUCGAAAAGCGGCUCCAGGUGAUUCUGCGGACGCUCACGAAACUUGCGCUCACUGCAGCCAGUAAGAGGGAAGCGAGGGCCGUGAAUGAACGAAAUGCCGCACACUACAAGGCCUUGUUUGCGGUGGCCCUUGUAAAGCGCCCCGCCACCACCACGGAAGAUAUCGCGGGACGUGAAGCGGCUGGACCCCUAGGGUCAUCCACUUCCGACAGCAUCGGACCGGUUGCGGUCGAACCGCUCAUCAAAGAGUAUGCCUUACAUUUAUGCAGCAUUUUACGUAAAAUUUGUGAUCUCGAUCGUGACCACGAGGAACGUUGAUAAACUGAAUGCCCCUCCUUCCUCUCGAACACGCGAAUCUAAUCCAAUAAAAAAAUAAAGAGCCACGCGCCACCGUUUGG